AUGGGAGUCGUCCAUGGCGUGGCCGUCCUGUUUCUGGCUUGCGCCCUGGUGCCAGCGCGGGCGCAGUUCGCUCUUGGGCCCGAAUCGGACCUCGGCCCCGUGACGACGUUCCCGACGCCCACGACAACGCCGCCGGUCGGUCGACCCGUCGGGCCGCCUGUGGCGUCUGGCUGGUCGGAAGGAUACAUGAACCCCUUCGGCAAGGCGGCGGAUCCUUUUGUGGAGGUUGGGGGCUGCGCUUACGACGAGCUGGACUCCAGGGAAUACCCGUUCUACAACGUCAUGCUUGUGGCAGAGGGCAGCGCGUUUGUUGCCGGGAAGACACUCGACGGCUGCGGGUCGUGCUACGAGAUUCAGUGUGCAGACACGGCGGAGAGGUGCAAGGAUGGACCCCUAUCAACUUCCAUCAUUGCCAUGGUUGGAGGCAACUGCGAUGAAGGCUGCGACGACACUGAUUUCAAUCUCCAUACGGGCGCCUUCUCUCAGCUGGCUGCUGCCAGGGGAGGUGGCAUACAAGUUCGCAUAAGAGAGGCUCCCUGUACCCCAGAUGGAAACGUUGUGGUGAACAUUGAAGAGUAUCGCGCUUCCGACGGCGGCUACGUAAAAUUCGCCGUUAGGAAUAUUCCCGGCGAUGGUGGGCUGACAUCCGUGGAAAUAAAGGGAUCAAAUGAGGUGGGGGGAUGGUUCGAGGCGGACAACACUUUCGGUGCGGCUUGGGAGGCCAGUGUGCUGCCAGACCCGCCGCUGGACUUACGGCUCACAAACACUGAGGGAGAGCAGCUGGUUCUCAAGGCAAUCAUCAGCGUGCCGGGCUUCGUUGGCGACGUGCUGUCAGAUGAACAGUUCGCUGGCUCGUUUGCACCGAAAGCAGCCAAGCCAUCCAAUCAGCCGGCGCCAAUCCCCAUUCCAGGAUCCGGGCCACCGCCCUCCCUGGUGCCCUCCCCGGUGCCUUCCCCGCUGCCCUCUCUAGUGCCUUCACCGGUGCCCUCUCUGGUGCCUUCCCCAACCCCCCUUCCCGCACCCCCCUCACCCUCUCCACCCUCACUGAAGCCACCUGCUGUGGGAGUUGUGUCAACGCCAACUCCAGGCGGUGGUUCCACAUCCCCUUCCACAGGUAGUCCUCCAAGACGAUCUACAACCUCGCCCUCGCCGAUUCUACCCACACCGGGAUCUGCGGCAUCAAAGCUGCUUGAUGGCCAACCCUAG